CAAGUGUCCCUGGCAUUAACUUGGGCGCAUUGGGGAUGCCAAAUUUAGGAAUUUCAUUACCACAACCAUUUAACCCACAAAGUAAUCCAGCUGCUAAUUGGCAGCCCAAUCUAUUCGGUGCACCAGGACAACCACAAAUAAUGUCCCAACCAUUUUACUUGCCAAACCAGUAUCCUCAGGUAGCUCAGGCAAAUCCGCUACAAGCAGUUGCUGAACCACCUGUUCCAUCACAGUUUGUUGGAGCUUGUUUGAAUACAGCCACAAAUCACUGGACUUUCUAUCCCAAGAACAACAAUAAUGUUCCACAACCCAGUGCUCCACAACCUAGUGCUCCACAACCCAGCGCUCCACAACCAAGUGCUCCAAAACCUGUAGGUGAAAGCGUGUAAGUUCCUGGCAAACCAAUAAGUGAUGU